AUGGCUGGGUCCCGAAGGAGUCCGCCGCUGAGAGACCAGUGGAACGCCGACCCAGAUCGCGAUCCCCGUGAGAGGGACAGGCGCAGAGGUCGAGGGUCGAAUCGAGAUCGAGGUCGGGCCCGUCAUCGCGAAAGAGGCCGUCAUCCAAGACCUAGCGAUCGCCAUUUUGAUUAUCCUGCACGGUCGCCACCUGCGCGCGCUUCCCGCUUUGGCUCUGAUCUAUCUCACGCCCCCGGCGAUUCUGCUCUGGAUCGACCCCCUCCGCGCGGCUCCCCUGGUCCUCCGUCAGGAUCAAACAAUAAUCGACGAUUAGACCAUCCUCGACCUUCAUCAUCAGGCGGCUGGAACGAUAAUCCGUCGGUCUUGUUGGAUAGAGACGGUCCGGCAUCUCGGCUUGACGAGUCGCCUUUUGCACCCCCGUCAAAGAGAAAGAGAACCCGCAGUCCAUCACCUCACGGCCCACGUGGCUCAUAUCCUCCUGGGCGCCCAUCCUUUGGCAAACAAGGCGAAAGACGCGACCGAAGCCCUUCGUUUAAGAACCGAGGCCGCUUUUCAGGGCGUGGUGCUCCUGGCCGUGGUGCUUCCAGGCGGAGAUCACCUCGUGGACGUGGACGAGAUCGUCGUGGGAACGAUCGCCGCCGUUCUGAUAUUCAAAGGCCGGGCAGGUCCAAGUCACCCGGACGGGAUAAAGGAUCCCAUCCAUCACCAGAUAGACGUUCUCGCUCGUUGAGCGGUGACUAUAGUGACCGAAAUUCUCGCUAUCGAUCUCGAUCUGCAUCGCGACACUCAGCUCGCUCCGCGCACUCAAGGAUGUCAACUUAUUCUUCGAAUUCACGAGGUCAGGAUGGGAUGAACUCGACUCAACCCAUCCAAUCCAUCAUGCACAGCACGGCUCGCUCUCCAUCGCCGCCUCGCCCCAUCCCAAGCUACGACUCUAGCAAUAUGAGUGGUCCUAGUGAUGGGCCCGCCCGUUUACAAGACGCUUUCCCGAUGCACGGAACACGGCCUUCAGAUGUGCACAACAAGCAGCGCCGCCAACCAUCCCGGCCACAUCUUGACCAAAGACCAUAUCCGACGUCUCCGAAUUUCGCAACGCCGACAAGCUCGCACCAUGGGUCACCACCGCCAACCUCUCCUUAUAAUGGUGGUCGAGGAGGUCGAUCUGGACAACCGCAGUUUGCUGGUUCUGGACCGUCUCCACCUUACCGACAGGAUAACUACAACUCAAAAAAUGUUCCUUCGGGGCCGCAAUACCAGAACAACCACGGACAUUUCGAUGGGCCAUUAAACCACCAGUCCCAAGGCCCGUACAAUGGACCUCCCUAUCGAGGGGGCAAUUCUGGGUUCCGAGGCAAUCAUACAAGCCAAGGCCCAGGUCGCCGGUUUUCUGCAUCCGGACCUCCUCCCUAUAACAAUGGGCUUUCACACCGCGGAGGCAGGGGCAAUUUCAACAAUUCACAAUGGACUGCAUCUGGAUCUCGUGGCCGUGGCGGACCGCAGAGCCCUCCUCCACACAGCCGUGAUUCGCAGACACCUUCGACUCGUGCUCCUUCUGCAAAUGACCCGCUUUCUCCUCGGGCACCCGACCCUGGGGCUCAAUUUGCAGUCACAAAUAGGGAUCAUCAAAGAGAAGACAUCAGGUCUCUGCCGCAGGCUGAAGAUGAUGGUCCUCAUGAUAUGGCUCCGCCUCCCCGUGAUUCGAAUAUAACUACUCCUGGGGAGAAGGGCGGGAAGUUCAGUUUUGCUUUGAAGCCGAAGACUACACCAACCCUUACUCCGAAGCCCGUUCCCGAACUAGCACAGCGAAUGGUUCGUGAACCACCCGCUCGGGCACCCGAACCGAAAAGCCCUCGUAACCGUUUAACAAACGGCCCGCUACCUAAGUUCAAUCCCGAUGCUCGGUUUGACCGACGAGAGCGGGACCGUGGACGAGACAGGAAGGGAGAUCGUGACCGUCGAGACUUUCGAAAUCAACAAGACUUUCGAGACUCGCGGGAUACACGAGACAUGCGAGAUGAUCGUCGCUUCGACCAGCGUCGUGAUAAACGGAAGAAUGACAAGAAUGUCAGGCGUCCUGAUUUUCGACAACAAGAACGUCGCAGGGAUCCCUCGCCAGAGCCGCCAAAAGAGCCGCCGAAGCAGACCAAGAUUGUCGUUCGGCCCAAGCCACGCCCAAUGAUGGCCAAGGAGUUUGCUGAUGCCGACUCAGUUUACUACCGGAAGCCGGGCAAUGAGUCUGUUAUCGGAGCUGGCACCUACGGCAAAGUCUUCAAGGGAAUUCAUGUCUUUACUCAGCGCAAGGUUGCCCUGAAGAAGAUUCGAAUGGAAGGCGAAAAGGAUGGAUUCCCGGUCACAGCAGUGCGGGAAAUCAAGCUGCUGCAAAACCUUCGGAGCCACAACGUGGUUAGCUUGUUGGAGGUCAUGGUUGAACGGAACGAGUGCUUCAUGGUCUUCGAAUAUCUUUCCCACGACUUGACUGGACUAAUCAAUCACCCUACAUUCUCCCUCACCCUCGCACACAAGAAGGAUUUGGCCAAGCAGAUGUUUGAAGGGUUGAAUUACCUCCACCACCGUGGCGUCCUCCACAGAGACAUCAAGGCCGCCAACAUCUUGAUCAGCAACCAGGGACUCUUGAAAUACGCCGACUUCGGCCUGGCUCGCUUCUUCUCCAAGAGCCGCCAGCUCGAUUACACCAACCGUGUUAUCACGAUCUGGUAUCGGCCACCGGAGCUUCUGCUAGGUGAGACUCGCUACGGCCCAGCGGUCGACGUGUGGAGUGCUGCAUGUGUGUGUAUGGAAAUGUUCACCAAGAAGGCUGUCUUCCCUGGCGAGGGCGGCGAGUUGAGUCAACUGGACAAGCUUUAUAACUGUUUGGGCACACCGACUCGUGCCGACUGGCCGGAUCUCGUGGAGAUGCCGUGGUUCCAGUUGAUGCGGCCAGCAGAGCGCAAGAAGCGUGUCUUUGAGGAUGUCUACAAAGAUGUUCUGUCCCCGGCGGCUAUGGACAUGAUUGCUCAAGUCUUCCAAUACGACCCCGCGAAGCGACCAACCGCUGAGGCGGUCCUCCAGCACCCUUACUUUCUGUCUGAGGAACCUGUCUCUCAACAGGCCAUCGAACUGGAGCAUAUCGAAGGAGACUGGCACGAGUUCGAGUCCAAGGCACUUCGCAAGGAGGCCCGGCGUGCCGAGUGGCAGAGCCAAAAGGACCGUGAGAAGCGUAAGGCAGAGUCAUCCGUGCCGACCAGUGACCGCGAUUCCAAGCGCGCGAGACAGGAAGAUUCGGACCAGGUAUCGGGCCCGUGA